UGUCUAUCCACCAUCUCAUACCCUUUUCGUGACUUUUCUUUGCAAAAAUGAGUGUUCAUAUGAAGCUUUGGCAUGUGACUUCAAUUUGUGGAUCAUUUCAACUCUCGAACAAACAUCCAAAACUUCCCUUUUAUUUUUUUUCCUUUUGCCAUUUUCAAACAAAGGGGCACCACUUCUGAAAAACAAAGCCAGAUAUAUAUAUUCAUUCAAUCAACAAAAGGCCUCUUCUUUUCCUCCUUGUUUUUUUCUCUUGUAUGAUCUUAUUUUUCACCUUCUCUUUAACCAAAAAGGAAAAAUAAACAUAGACACUUGCACAUCUUUCUUCUCUUUAUAUAUAUAUAUAUAUAUGUACAAAAAAAAAAAAAAACACAGUUAAUUUAUGUUGGGUGUUUACGAGUCUUUAUAUCAGAAAAGACAGCCUUUUGUUGUUGAUGGUUGAAAGAAUCAAAUGGAAAUGGAAUUUUACGCAUACCCAUCUCGUGUUUUGCCCUUUUCUUCUUCUAUUUGUUCUUUUUGUAUCAGGGAUUUGGUCGAUAAGGCCAAAGAUUUCUUUACCGUUGCAAUAUCUGCAAUCAUUGGCAGCGUCUUCUCUGCAAUUUUCACCUUCUUCUUUGCAUUAGUGGGCACCUUAUUAGGAGCAUUUACUGGAGCUUUGAUUGGACAAGAGACGGAGAGUGGAUUUGUUAGAGGUGCUGCAGUUGGUGCCAUCUCUGGCGCUGUUUUCUCUCUUGAAGUCUUUGAGUCGUCUAUGUUAUUAUGGCAGGCAGAUGAAUCUGGAAUUAGAUGUCUUCUUUACUUGAUUGAUGUACUCACAAGCCUGUUAAGUGGUCGAUUGGUGCGUGAGCGGAUUGGUCCAGCAAUGCUAAGUGCAGUCCAGAGUCAGAUGGGAGCUGUUGAACUUGCAUAUGACGAGGUCCCUAACAUUUUUGAUACGGGUGGGGCUAAAGGCUUGCAUGGAGAUUCUGUUGAAAAGAUCCCGAAGAUUGUAAUUAAAAAAGGUAACAACUUGGAUGAUUCUGGAGAGAGAGUCUCUUGUUCCGUCUGCCUUCAGGACUUUCAACUUGGAGAAACUGUUAGAUGUCUGCCACAAUGUUAUCACAUGUUCCACUUACCAUGCAUUGACACAUGGCUGUUGAGACAUGGCUCUUGCCCAAUGUGCAGAAGGGAUCUGUAGUUUCUCCAUAAAUUAUGACAAGGUUAUAUAAGUUCUUCAUACUUGCUUGUAUGGUUUCCUUAGUUGUCUUUCUUAACUUGUCCCAAUUUUCAAGGAAACCUGUGUAUUUAGUGGCAAGUAUGUGUUUUUCCGAGUUUGGUCAUUGUAGACUAUAUUUUACCCAUAAAUUGAGCUAUUAUAGUGUUCACUACUUCCA